CGUGUCCCCUCCACCGUGUGUCACUCUCCAUAUUGUUCCUUACUACAGAGCGACAAUUAUUUCUUGCAGUGUUACUUGUCAGAGAGCCUGUCUUUCAUUCGUCUUGCUCUGUGUCCCUCAGUCUGCGUGUCACUGUGUUUGCCUCCCCUUGCCUUGUUGUGCAGAGUGUGUCAGUGUCUCCUCCUUGCAUUGCUCCCUCCUCCCUCCAUAGGGCAGUAUCUUCCGUCAUUUACACGUUCUUCCUCCAGCAGCCGCCUUGGGUAGCAGCUUUGCCAGAGCCCACAAACAGUUCCCCCCCACCCGGGUCCCCUCAGCAGAGAUGUCCGAGCAGAACAGCAGUAGAUAUCAGCAGCUUUGCCAGAGCCCACAAACAGUUCCCACCCCGGGUCCCCUCAGCAGAGAUGUCCGAGCAGAACAGCAGUAGAUAUCAGCAGUUACAAAAUGAAGAAGAUCCUGAAGAAAAUCCUCAGGGUGCCACAGAUGCCCCACCACCAUACAGCAGUAUCGCUGGUGAAAGUUCAGGACUUUUUGAUUACAAGGACGAGUUAGGAUUUCCAAAACCACCUUCUUACAAUGUGGCAACAACACUGCCCAGUUAUGAUGAAGCAGAGAGGACCAAAGCAGAGGCUACCAUCCCUCUUGUCUCUGGCAGGGAUGACGAUUUUGUGGCAAGGGAUGAUUUUGAUGAUGCAGAUCAGCUGCGGAUAGGAAACGAUGGGAUUUUCAUGCUUACUUUCUUCAUGGCAUUCCUGUUUAACUGGAUUGGGUUUUUCCUUUCUUUCUGCCUAACCUCAUCUGCAGCAGGCAGAUAUGGAGCUAUUUCUGGUUUUGGCCUCUCUCUAAUUAAGUGGAUUCUAAUUGUACGGUUCUCCACCUAUUUCCCUGGAUAUUUUGAUGGCCAGUACUGGCUUUGGUGGGUGUUCCUUGUACUCGGAUUCCUUCUUUUUCUCAGAGGCUUUAUCAAUUAUGCAAAGGUUCGAAAGAUGCCUGAUAACUUUUCCACACUCCCCCGGACCAGAGUUCUCUUUAUUUAUUAAAGAUUUAUUUCGGUCUCAGCCUUCCUGCAUUGACCAUCGUCCCAUGUAUCAGAACACAGAGGACACCUGCAGGAAGAGCGUUAACUACUAGGAAAACCGAAGGGGGGAUAAAAUCACGUAGGAAUUAAUAAAAAAAAGAAAUACAAAUUCUAAGAAAACAUCAAGAAAACAAAUAAAAUAAGUAUUGCCGAAGUUGAAGAAGAAAAUGAGCAUUUUUUUUUUUGUUUGCUUUUAGGUGUACAACUUUUAAUAAUUCUGGAAUCAGUAGUGGCUACUGUAUAAAAUCAAAGCUAUCGCAAUCAAGUUUGUGAUGUACUUAAUAAAAAAAGCCUUAUAUAUUGUU